AAGUCCCCUAGAAGAUGGGGGACUGGGGCUUCCUGGAGAAGCUGCUGGACCAGGUCCAGGAGCACUCGACGGCGAUUGGGAAGAUCUGGCUGACGGUGCUCUUCAUCUUCCGGAUCCUCAUCCUGGGGCUGGCCGGGGAGUCGGUGUGGGGGGAUGAGCAGUCGGACUUCCUAUGCAACACCAAGCAGCCGGGCUGCGUCAACGUGUGUUACGACAAAGCCUUCCCCAUCUCCCACAUCCGCUACUGGGUGCUGCAGUUCCUCUUCGUCAGCACCCCCACCCUGGUCUACCUGGGCCAUGUCAUCUACCUCUCGCAGCGGGAGGAGAAGCUGAAGCAGCGGGAGAGCGAGCUCCGGGCGGUGCAGGUCAAAGACGUGAAGGCGGAGCAGGCGCUGGCGGCGGUGCAGAAGAAGAUGGACAAGAUCUGCGUGGCAGAGGACGGGCACAUCAAGAUCCGUGGCUCCCUGAUGUGGACCUAUGUCAUCAGCGUGGUCUGCAAGAGCAUCUUCGAGGCCGGCUUCCUCUUAGGCCAGUGGUACCUGUAUGGCUUCUUCAUGCCGCCCAUCUUUGUGUGUGAGAGGGACCCCUGCCCCCACAAGGUGGACUGCUUUGUCUCCCGCCCCACGGAGAAGACGAUCUUCAUCAUCUUCAUGAUGGUGGUGGGGCUGAUCUCCCUGGGCCUCAACCUUCUGGAGCUCUUCCACCUCUGCUGCAAAAACCUGCUCAGCAGCCUAAGGAAGGCCUCUUCCUCCUCUCCCUGCCCAGCUGGGGAUGUGGACCCCUUCCCAGACAGUAAGACAUGCCACUACCUCCCCCUGAGCGACAGCCACUCCCCUCCCUACCUGACCUACAACAAGCUCUCCAGCGAGCAGAACUGGGCCAACUUCAACACCGAGGAGAACCUGGCGCUGCGCAAUGGGAACAAACCCACCUCAAAUGGCUACGCCCUGGCCACCCAGCCCGUGCAGGAGAGGCAGUCCAGCCGGCCCAGCAGCUCUGCCUCCAAGAAGCAGUAUGUCUAGAGAGCGCUGAAGGGGCGUCCAUAGGCCAUAGAACCAAGGGAGUGCCACGGGCCUCUUGGCCACGUAACCUGAUUGCUAGAGAGACUUUUAAAAAAAACAAAGCUCUCCCUGGAGACCCACUUUGGCUAACUGGCAGGUGCCUCCUGCUCUCUGCUGCCUGUUGUGUGUCUGUAUUUAAAGUGUGACUGCUGUUGAGGUGCUUCCAGGUGUGCACAGACUGGCCAGGCCAUAGGAUGCCAAACCUGGGUUCAAUCACAUGAUGCGUUGUAGCCAGCUGGCUGCCGUUUACAGCGCCAGGCUGAUUCUUACCAUUCUGCUGGGGAACUGUACUUCGGGCUCCGGGAAGGGUUGGGGGUUGGGAGUUAUUCGCCAGCGCCAAUGACUGUCAUUGAUGUUG